AUGAAGUUCACUAUCAUCGUGUCCGUGGCCCUUCUGGGCGCUCUCGCAGUCGCGGAAAGGCCGACGGAGACCACGGCCGAGGCACUGCGAAACAUUUACCACAAGUGCAUAAACAACGAGUCGAUGUUGUCGUGCGUAAAGCCCAAAGUUCUCGCAUACCUCAGCCAAGCCGUGAAGCAAGACAGGCUGGCGAUCACGGAAGACCUGGCAAUAGUCAAGUCCAGAAACUUCCCUGAGGAAAAUACCGAAGAAUACUACCCAUCGCAAUACGAUUCCGUGGACCCCGCCCGGAAGGAGCUUCUGAGGUCCCUGAUGCUUGAAAAACUGGACGCGUAUCUCUCCAGCCAUCAGAUAGAGGCUAAGUUACCUGAAGCCAUCGUCGGUUCCAACAUCGUUCCACGAUCGUUGGUGGACAGCAUGCCUAGAAGUUUGACUGUCCCUCUUUCCGACUCCUCGAACGGUCAAGGCCGUGGAUUCGUGAAGAAGGUGAUGAUACCCUUCUUGUUGGGUCUCAAGUUCAAGGCUACCGCCCUUGUACCCCUUGCCCUUGCCCUGAUCGCUCUGAAGACGUGGAAGGCUCUCACCCUGGGUCUCCUCUCGAUGGUGCUCAGCGGCGCGAUGAUGAUUUUCAAGCUGACGAAGCCUAAAGUCGCGUACGAAGUCGUCCACUACGGACACCCCCCCGUGGAGCACCCGCCUCAUUGGGACACGGCAGCUCAUGGUCCCUACAGGGCGUACAGGAAAUAG